AAUAUUUCCUAAGAGAAGUGCAGCUCCACCCCGCACAGCACACGGGGAAUGCACAGAGCUACCGGGAGCCGUGCGUGUCCACCCGCUCACCGCACCCAAGGGUGCUGGGCAGGAUCGAGCAGCUGGGCAAGGCGAGGGGUGCUGGGCACCCUGCCCCCGGGGGAACCCUGAUGCUGGAGGACAGGGAGCCCUCUCUGCGUGGGUGGGAAGCCAUGGGCGUGUGGAGGGGCCCCAGCACCGUGCUGACCCUCCUGCUCCUCCUGUGCCCGCUGCCCACAGCUGCGUGCCCCCCCGCCUGCCGCUGCUUGGCAGGGGACGUGGACUGCCGCCAGCGCGCCCUGCACGAGGUGCCGCCGCGCCUGCCCACCAACGCCAGCACCCUAUUGCUUGGCUACAACUUCAUCGCCGUGCUCAGGGCACGCUCCUUCCCCUCCCUGCCGGUGCUGCUGCGGCUCAGCCUGCCCCAUAACCAACUGGGGAUGAUCCACAGGCAGGCGCUGGUGGGGCUCGGGGCGCUGCAGGAGCUGGAUCUAAGCAACAACUACCUGGCCACGCUGAGCCCCGAGAGCUUCCUGCCUCUCGGCAGCCUGGCCACGCUCAACCUGGGCAACAACAGGCUGGAGGAGCUGGGGACUGGGGUGCUGAGUGCCUUGCCCCAGCUCCAAGAGCUCUUCCUGCAUGGGAACCCUUGGGUGUGCUCCUGCAGCAUCCUGCCCCUCUGGCGCUGGCUUGGUCACAACAGGGACAAAGUGCCAGAGGAGAGUUCACUCCAGUGUGUGUUCCCGGAGCAGCUGAGCACAUACCCGAUCAUGGCCUUCAGGAAUGAGUCCUUCAGGCAGUGCCAGGAGACCCCACUGUCUGCCCAGCGUUAUGCCACCUUCCUGCUCCUCGGGCUGUCCUCCUUCCUGGCCAGCAUCAUCUUCUGCACCCUGAUGGGCUUCAUCGUGGUCAUUUACCAGCACCUGCGCAAGGAACCCCGCUUCUGUAGGAGACCCCUUCUCUGCAGGGGGCACUGAGCAGGACCACCAGCCCUGGGCAGGGCCUGCACCCAGCUAUUGUGAAGGUUUCCCUGCGGAGCAGUGGGCGGAUGCUCUGCUCCUGCAGAGUGCUCCUGCUCCUCCCUGGGGCCCUGAGGAAUCCCUGAGCUCUGCCCCACUGCCUCCAGUUCAGCCCCAUUGCAGCACCGCUCCCUGCCUCAGGAGGCUCCCUCAGGUCGCCCCCAGACCUGCACAGCCCCUUCCCAGGGGGGCUGCUGAUCCUUUUCCUCUGGCUCACCCUCUCCUGCCCCUUUGCUCCCCAGGGCUCUUGUGUGCAUUUCAGGGUGCACCGUUUACCUCCCUGUGCCUUUUGGUGAACCCCAUGAGUCUUUGGGUGCCUUCUGGUGCCCCAAAGCCUCUCAGUGCCUUUUCUGUGUCUCCAGAAGGCUUUUUGUUGUGUCACAAAGCUCUUCAUAGGUCUGUUUGUGCAAUUGAGGAUCUCUGGGUGCUUUGAGGGAACUCCAGAGCUUCCAUGCAGCAAAGGAAAGUACAAGCUGGGUGAAGAGGUCAACCCCCAACAGUCCCUUCUGGCACAAGUUCCUACCCACCACAAGGCAAUAAGAGCCAUAAUGAGACAGCCAUGAGUGUCAACCUCCCCCUGUUAGCUCCUGUGGCAUAGAAAUGAUCUCAUGCCCGUGCAAGAGCUGUGGUACAGGCCAGAGAUGUGGUCAAUGUGUCUGUUGGCAAGCUCUCAGUGGAGGUUAAAUAAGAGAAUAAAUCAAAUGUUGUGA